UGAGACAGGGUCUCACUAUGCUGUGGCUGUCCUAGAACUCACUAUGUAGACCAGGCUGGCCUCAAACUGAUGGACAUCCUUUGGUCUAUGUCUCCCAAAUGUGGCUACUUUGCCUGUUUUUAACCACAAAAUCUCAAGUUUUUAUGGCCAACGUGUUUAUAUGCUUUUCACUUUACUGUUCUUGGAUAUGAAAUAUAGGACCUCUUACCUGCUAAGCACACAUUCUACUAGUGAGCCUCCCCCACAGCUGAAGUUCCUCAUAGUUACCCCCAAGUAGCCAUGAGUGUACCCAUUACCAUGCUUGUCUUCCAAAUUAUAAACAUUGACUUAUUAAAAUAGUAAGACACUAGAAUUGUGACCUCUUUUCUUCUUAUGUGGACCACAUAUCCAGAGGUUAUUUGCAUUAUUGCACACAUAGCACUUUGUUCCUUAAAUAUUAACUUAAACAAUUAUGUAUAAAUAUUAAAGUUAUAUACUUAUAUAUUAGUAUAUAUACUUAUAUACUAAUAAUUUGUCAUCUCUAUCACUAAACACAAGAAUUUGAGACUGAGGAUAUAAUCAGUGGUAGACCAUACAUGCAUGCCAGACCCUAGAUACACUUCUAGGCAACAAAAGGCAACAAACAGACACAAAACACAUCUUAUUAAAUCAUUGGACACAAUACUGUUUGAAAACUAAUCUGAAUAACAGAAGUAAAAACUAAAAUCAUUCAAUAAUCAGGACUUUUGAUGGUUUCAUUUUAUCUUAUUGUUCCAGAAAUAAAAGUGUUCAUGGAGCUUUUGUGGGUUUUUUUUUUUUUGUUAAUCUCAGUUGUGAACAUGAGAUUUAGAACCAUCUGACUAUGGAGGUUAUCAUGCUUAGGAUAAUUGAGGUGGGAAGUCCAUUGUGGGUGGCACCAUUCCCUGGGCUGGGAUCUUGGACUGUGAAGAGGAGAACCUGGGCUGAGCACAAGUGUUCAUUGCUCUCUACUUCCUGCCUGGAGAUACAGUGUGACCAGUUGUUCAAGCUCCUGUCUUUCACCUUCCCUAUUAUAGGGUAGUCUUGAACUGUGAGCCAAAACCCUUCCUAUUUUAUUCUAGAAAUAGAAAAAUAACUAAGACAGCCUGCAUGGUCACAUGGUAUCAGAUACCAUACCCAGAGACUUGAGCAUUCUAAGCAUGCUGUUCACUGUGGACCUGUUCUAGUUUAUAUUGAUACCUAUGUUUCCUUUGGUUUUCCUGAAGCUUCAAUCCUCACCUUUCAAAAGACUGUGCAAAUUUCAAUUUUUUUUUUGAUUCUGGUUAUUAGUUCUGAUCUUUUUCACUUUAUAAUGUUUUGUAGAUAUGGAAAGCAAAACAAUUCUUUUGUGAUAUUUAACUAUCACUUGUUUUAUUAUUUGGAGUAACCUUGAAGUAUAAUCAGUUAAAUUUAGUUAUUCAAUUGUGCUGAUUACCACAUAACACAAAAAUUACUGGUUCUUAGUUGAUUUGAAGUAUAGUAAAUUUAACUGAAUUAUAAUCAACUAAUAUUCAAUGAGUCAAGUGAGCUUAUUGUGUGCUUUCUAAUGGUUAAAUUCAUAUGUGUACAACUGCAAGAAAACUUUACUUAACUCCUCGCAGAAAAUGAACAAUUGAAGACCUUGGUUUAUAGUAUCUUUACAUGUUUUACUUUUUGGUUGGUAUAUAUUCAUUUUCAAAGCAAUGGAUUUCCUUUUGAAUUUUUAAUGUAUGUACAUAAUGUAUACACGUUGAUCAUGUUUACCUUUUGUUUGUUUAUAAAUCUCAAGUGUCAUUCUUAUGGAGUUUAAGUAUUUGCAUCUUUCCCUGAAUUAAUGUUUCCUCCCCUAAGGAUGUAAUGAAAUAUAAAAAGAAAAUUGCUGACCAUCCUGUUACCUACAACUAUAAUUUUUGGUUAUUCAAUUUUAAAAUCAAAGUGAGAAAGAAGGAAAACUGAGAAAAAGUAAAUGCAGACAAGCAUGUAAGGUUCAAGUAUGACAGACAACUCUAAGGACCUGACCGUGAAGUGCCAAUGUACCUCUUCUGGUGUGAUGUUCAGUACUCAGAAUACCUGCCUGAACAGAAAAAAGCCAAGAUCUGCUGUUGUAGCUCAACAGUAGGACAGUUGCCUAAUAGAUGCUAUUCUCUUGGUUCAAUCUCCCCAACAUUAGGAAUAAAAAAUAUUCCGCUCUUCCUUCAUGAUCAAAAGUCUCAAAAAUCAUGUAUUUUAAAGCACGAAGUUAAAGAUUAUGCAUGUAUUUUGGAGAAUUCUCCUCCAGCUUAGAUGGAUUAUCUGACACCAGAAAACAACUGCAAAAACUGACUAAAUAUCAGAAAUUAUCUCUUCAAUACACCUGGAAGCCACUUACAUGAGAACUGAGUCCUACAACAGUUUGCUUGAAGAAUAAUCAGCAGGUUCUUGGUAUAGACAUCAUUAUUAAGUAACCUCUGACAGAAUGGAAAACCUAUUUCCUGCCCAGGACACUUGUCAACUCAGCAGCCCAGGAAAGAAGACUAAAAAUGUAAUUUGAAAACUCUCUGAAGGCAGAGUGAGAUUUUGGACAAAGUACAAAGAUUACAGUUUGGAACUGGCCUGGCAGAGUCGAUGUGGAGAAUUCAUGUUUGUAAUGAGAAAUUUGUCAAAAUUCCAUGCUUGUAAGGACUUCAGAGAACCUUGACCAAGUUUAGUGCCUGUUUGGGUUGGAGUGAUUGCAUAAGACAGUGCUCUCUCAGGCUAAGAGCAAAGGGUGAGCUUUUCCUGGAAGAGGAUAAUAGUAUCAUGACUUGGACAGAAUUUACAUAAGUACCAACAGUCAGUAGGUGCAUGUCACAAAACUGGAUAAUAUGAAGAAAAUCAGAGGAGAAAAAACACAAUGACCUAGAAGAUGCAUGUGUUAGAAUAAAAUAACUAUGUCAUCAGAAUAAAGUGGUUAAUACUUUUGAAACAAGCAACAAUUGAGCAAAUAAAUGAGAAGAAAAUUGAUAUUUAAGACUCAAAGUAAAUUCCAUAACAAAAAAUACAUGUGUCAUAAAACUAUAUAAAUGGUAAAGCUUCAUGGAAAUAAAGAAAUACAGAAUUAGCAGAUAUAAUGCAUGUCAAUAUGAAAUAGCUAAAUUCAGAAAAAUUGAAGUCUUUAAGAGAUGGCUCAGCUGUUAAGAGCAAGUGGAUUGAAUUCAGAUUUCAGCACCCACCCCUUGUCAGGGGAAUCACAACUGCCUUUACUCCAGUUCUCAGGGAUCCAACACCCUCUUCAAGGACAUUCCCAAUCUCAUGACGUUUAUUCACAUGCACAAAACACAAAUAAAUAAAAACAAACUCCCUUUAAACAGUAGAAAAAUAGAGGUUGAGCGAUGUCUCAGUGGUUAAGACCACUUGCUGUUUUUUUCAGAGAUUCCAGGUUUCGGUCCCAACAAAACCACCUGUAAGUCUAGUCCCAGUCUCUGUGGGGACUCACAUAGACGAUUAUUAUUCAACAACAAAAAGAAAUGAGCAUUCAACCUACAGAAAACCAUUAAGAAAUUUAAAUGCACAUUAGUAAGUCAUAGGAGCUAAGGUGAAAAAAAAAAUACUGUAAAAUUCCGACUGUGGAGGACGAAAAACUGUCAGUGAUUUCCAAAGAUUCUAAUAAGACAGGAUAGAGAAACAGAUAGAUUUAGAGGAUGUAAUGGUGGUGGGAAGAGACAGUGAAACUAUGAUAUGAUACUCUAAAAAUAUGUGCAUGCAUGAUUAGAUUUAUCCAUGUCUGCAGACUUAUAUCCCAAGAGGAAACUGUGAUUUAAACUAUGGACUCAGUGGUACACAUGUACGAUCAUCAGUUGUCAGAAACAUACCAGUUUAUGAGGGUGCCUACAGUGAGGAAGGGUGCACAUAGUGUGGAGAGGAAAUUUCUGCAUUUCCAAGUCAUUGUAUGUGAUUUUAAAACUACUCAUGAAAAAUAGACUGCUUUUUAAAAGGGGAUUAUCAUCUCAAUAAAAUGAAGUGAAGUAAUGGAGUAAUGAAGACAACAGAGGAUUACAUGGCCAUGAGAGAGAACACUGGAACACUGGGGCAGACCUGGAACCACCCUGAGGCAGGACACCAAAGCCCCUGAGAAGAAGGUGCCUCACCUGCAUAGCAUGCUGUAACAGUGUUUGGAAGUCAAGAAAUCCAACUUCACUCAUUCAAAUCAUGUUUUAUAUUAAAAGUUUAUACAUGAAUGGUAAACUUUCAAAAUACAUAUUUUUAUGACUUUGAAUUAUGGAAGUUUAAAUGUACUAAACAAAAUGGAAAAGUAUUACCAGAUCAAAAUAAAAAACAACUAAGAUGUUUUAUCAAUCAAACCACAAUAUCAACAAAAUUCAAGUCAUAGACUGGGAACUAUUUGAAAAAGAGAUUAUACAUUAUAUACAAAAUACUUCCUCAACUAACCAGCAAAUAAAUAGAAGCCCCAUAUCAGAAAAAUACAUAAAAGACAUGAACAAGCUCCUCAGAAAACUCUAUCCUGAUAGCCAGUCAAUGUGAAAGUAUGUGUCACUUUACGAAAGACAAACAAAUGCUAAUUAAAUUUACAUAUGAGGUCACCACACACUCACUAAAGUUCUAAAAAUCAAGAAGAAAACACAAAUGCUGACAGGGAUAUGAAGCAACUGGAACUCUCAUGCUUCAUGAUCUUAGUACAGCUACACAUGCAAAAUGUUUGUCUUUUGGAGAAGCAAAGUAACCGAACAAUAGCAGGCCAGGUUCUCUUAAAUUUGGCCUAUUUUAUUUUUCCCUAAGCUGAGCUAAAUAACAUUAUUAAAAAGUCAAUAGAUUAUGCAAUUACAUUUUCCCCCUUCUGGAUGUAUGUUAAAUUCAAGGUGGAUAUAAAAAGUACACAACAAAUUUCUCUAUAUGUACAUUAUCUUUAGUUUCUUGACCAAAAUCAAAUUAUACACCUACACAAGAAAGCUGAUUCAUUCACUUGGUACUUUUAUAACAAACCAUUAAUUCCGUCUUCGAUUAUUCUAAAAUUUAUACUUACGACUAAAACUUAAUUCAGCAAAAUCACACUUAGAACUUCCAAUUGCUAAGAAGUGGACUUACAAUUCAGGCUGCAUGUGUAAAUUAAAAGGAUACUGAAACACAUCAAGGUUAAAAUUUGGAAAGAAACAGCAAAAUGAAAUGCAAGAACAAAUAAGGACGCUUGGUGGCGCUCCAGGAUAAGAGUGUGAAGAAUGGGCUCAGCAGACUCCCAGGACGCCAUCUCAUCAAGCUGAGAACCAGAACUUUGGCUGCUGUUUGAAAGAGAAGGUAAUAAGAAAGGUUUCUGGAAGAAUUUGGGAAGAAGGGGCCUCUCUAAUCAGAUUUAGUUCAAUAUUUUCACGAACCCUGAGUGGAUUAUAAUCGCCUUGAAGAAGCAGCGCCCUCCGGACUGCAUCUGAACAAUGGAGACAGCUCUAGCAAAAACGCCAGAGAAAAGGCAAGUCGUUUUCCUUACUAUGUUGCUGCUUUUGUGGGAGGCUGAUUCUGAGGCGAUUAGAUAUUCCAUGCCAGAAGAAACGGAGAGUGGCUACUUGGUGGCUAACCUGGCCAAAGAUCUGGGGCUCAGGGUGGGGGAACUGGCCACCAGAGGGGCUCAAAUCCAUUCCAAAGGAAACAAAGAGCUCUUGCAGCUGGAUGCAGAGACCGGGAAUUUGUUCUUAAAGGAAAAACUAGAUCGCGAGGUGCUGUGUGGGGUGACAGAUCCCUGUGUGCUGCAUUUCCAGCUCAUUCUGGAAAACCCUGUUCAGUUCUUCCGAACUGACCUGCAGAUCACAGACAUAAAUGACCAUGCUCCAGAAUUCCCCCACAGGGAAAUGCUCCUAAAAAUCCCAGAGAAUGUCCAGCCAGGGACUGUGUUUCCUCUGAAGGCAGCUCAGGACUCUGACAUAGGGAACAAUGCUGUCCAGAACUACACAGUCAGCCCCAACCUCCAUUUCCAUGUGGUUACUCAGAGUCGCGCUGAUGGCAGGAAAUACCCAGAAUUGGUGCUGGACAGAGCCCUGGACAGGGAGGAGCAGCCUGAGCUCACUUUAACCCUCACUGCUGUGGAUGGUGGGUCUCCGCCCAGGUCUGGGACCACCAUAGUUCGCAUUGAAGUCGUGGACAUCAAUGAUAACGCUCCCCAGUUUGUACAGUCACUGUAUGAGGUGCAGGUCCCUGAGAACAGCCCUCUCAAUGCCUUAAUUGUCACGGUCUCUGCCAGGGAUUUAGAUGCUGGGAUGAAUGGGAAUGUAGCCUACUCUCUGUUUCAAGGUGGUGGAGUUUCUCAACCAUUUGCAAUCGAUGAGGUCACUGGAGAAAUUCGUCUGAGUGAUGAGUUGGAUUUCGAGGUAAAUAGUCAUUAUAACAUAGAAAUCACAGCCAUGGAUGGAGGAGGCCUUUCCGGGAAAUGCACUGUGUCUGUACAGGUGUUGGAUGUGAAUGACAACGCCCCAGAGCUGACCAUCAGAAAACUCACAAUUCCUAUCCCAGAAAACUCCCCAGAGACUGUAGUUGCUGUUUUCAGUGUUUCUGAUUCAGAUUCUGGGGACAAUGGAAGGAUGGUGUGUUCUGUUCAGAAUGAUCUUCCAUUCGUUUUAAAGCCCACAUUCGAGAAUUACUACACUUUAGUGACGGAGGGGCCACUGGACAGAGAAAGCAGAGCUGAGUACAAUAUCACCAUCACAGCCACGGACAUGGGCAUACCCAGGCUCACAACUCAGCACACCAUAACAGUGCAGGUGUCCGAUGUCAAUGACAACGCCCCCGCCUUCACACAAACCUCCUACACCCUGUUUGUCCAAGAGAACAACAGCCCUGCCCUUCACAUAGGCACCAUCAGCGCCACAGACUCAGACUCAGGCUCCAAUGCCCACAUCACCUAUUCGCUGCUGCCCACCCACGACCCGCAGCUGGCCCUCUUCUCGCUCAUCUCCAUCAAUGCCGAAAACGGGCAACUGUUCGCGCUCAGGGCGCUGGACUACGAGGACCUGCAGGCCUUCGAGUUCCACGUGGGCGCCACAGACCAAGGCUCUCCUGCGCUCAGCAGCCAGGCGCUGGUGCGAGUGCUGGUGCUGGACGCCAACGACAAUGCGCCCUUCGUGCUCUACCCGCUGCAGAACGCCUCUGCGCCCUGCACAGAGCUGCUGCCCAGGGCAGCAGAGCCAGGCUACCUGGUCACCAAGGUGGUGGCAGUGGACCGCGACUCUGGUCAGAAUGCCUGGCUUUCCUUCCAGCUGCUCAAGGCCACAGAGCCCGGACUGUUCAGUGUGUGGGCUCACAAUGGCGAGGUGCGCACCUCCAGGCUGCUGAGUGAGCGCGAUGCUCCCAAGCACAGGCUGCUGCUGCUGGUCAAGGACAAUGGAGAUCCUCCAAGGUCUGCCAGUGUCACUCUGCAUGUGCUGCUGGUGGAUGGCUUCUCUCAGCCCUACCUGCCUUUGCCAGAGGUGUCGCGCGACCCCGCGCAGGACAAUGACGACUUGCUCACUCUGUACCUGGUCAUUGCCUUGGCUUCUGUGUCUUCCCUCUUCCUGUUGUCUGUGCUGCUGUUUGUGGGGGUGAGGCUGUGCAGAAGGGCCAGAGCGGCCUCUCUGGGUGGCUGCUCUCUGCCUGAGGGACACUUUCCUGGUCACCUGGUAGAUGUCAGCCGCACUGGGACCCUGUCCCAGAGCUACCAGUAUGAGGUGUGCCUGAGGGAAGACUCUGGGGCUGGUGAGUUCAAUUUCCUCAAACCCAUGAUCUCCAACCUGUUGCUUCAGGAUGCUGGGAGAGAAGUUAAGGAAAGUCCCCACUGCAGAGACAGCUUUGUAUUUGGUUAACUGUUGUAUCUGGUUCAGUGAAUUUAUUUUUGACAAAUCUCUAGCAGUAUGGUUCGCUUAAGAAAGUGGAUCAUUUUAUAUAAGUAUUGACAUUGUAAAUGAAGCAUUUGCAUAUCCUCCAUUAAUAAUUUUUUUUCUUUCUUGGUAUCUACUUUAGCAGUUUCAGGUGUAAUGAAUAAUGUAUAUUACUAACACAAUUUCUCUAUUUCACCUUAUGUUUUACUUUAGCUCAAUAUCACACAACAAAAUACACUUUACUUUACAUGUUUUGGGUUUUGUUUUUUUGCCUGUUUGUUUUUUUGGGGGGA